AUAAAGUUAGUUGCAUCGGUAUCCUUAGAUGGCGCAACGGGAGGUCUCCGCAUUUUGUUUACCUACAUUGAUUUAUAUUCGUCAUUCUCACGCCGCAAUGUAAAAUAUCUUUCUGAUCAUCGAAAUAAAGACAUCGGUUACCUUAAAAAAUAAAAGUUUCCAAUAACCUAAAACGUAACGCAAUGGCAGCGAUACAUCGAGAAGCGAUCCAGAAACAAAUACAACAGGAUUGGGCAAAUCGAGAAUAUAUAGAAGUCAUCACCGGCAAUAUAAAAAAAAUUACGGAUUUUCUCAACUCUUUUGACAUGUCCUGUAGAUCACGAAUAGCUGUCCUAAAUGAGAAACUUACGACGCUCGAGCGUAGAAUCGAAUAUCUUGAAGCUUGCGUAACAAAGGGAGAAACAUUAACAUAAACUGCGCUAAUAAUCCAUUGUCGAUAUCUUUUAUUAUGGAUCUCACGCCUACGGUGUACAUUUAUGCACAAGGAUACGCGUGGAGAAUUUACAGAAUUUUACUACUUCAAAUAAUACAUACAUACAUAUAUACAUAUAUACAUAUAUACAUAUAUAUAUAUAUAUAUAUAUAUGUGUGUGUGUGUAUAUAUAUAUGUAUAUAUAUCCCCAUAAAUAUUACUUAAAACACUGAUCUUAUGGGCCAGUCAAACGCAUUUUUUUUAAUUAUUGUAACGCAAUAACUUUUCAUUGUACGAAUAAAUAAUUAUGGUUUCUCGUACCUUA